GAGGCCUGCGCGAACGCGCAGGACCUCCCUGGGGCCCUGCGCCGAAAGCCGGACUCUAGGGGCGGGGUCGGGCCAGGGAUGGGGACGCGGGCGAGCUGCGGGGAGCUACAGGCGGACUCGCGAGGUAGCGGGGACACGGCACAGCCGCAGCCGAGACAGCGGGCGGCCCGCGGCUCAGCGGCCGGCGCAGAGAGCGCCAUGGCAGAGCAGGUGGCUCUGAGCCGGACCCAGGUGUGCGGGAUCCUGCGAGAAGAGCUGUACCAGGGUGAUGACUUCCAUCAGGCCGAUACGCACAUCUUUAUCAUCAUGGGUGCAUCGGGGGACCUGGCCAAGAAGAAGAUCUACCCCACCAUCUGGUGGCUGUUCCGGGAUGGCCUUUUGCCCGAAGACACCUACAUCGUGGGCUAUGCCCGCUCCCGCCUCACAGUGGCUGACAUCCGCAAGCAGAGCGAGCCCUUCUUCAAAGCUACCCCGGAGGAGAAGUCCAAGCUGGAGGAGUUCUUUGCCCGCAACUCCUACGUGGCCGGCCAGUACGAUGACACUGCCUCCUACGAGCGCCUCAACAGCCACAUAAAUGCCCUUCACCAGGGCACACAGACCAACCGCCUCUUCUACCUGGCCUUGCCCCCGACUGUCUAUGAGGCUGUCACCAAAAACAUCCAUGAGACCUGCAUGAGCCAGACGGAGGGUGAUGUGGUUCUGGGCUCUCACAGAGGCUGGAACCGCAUCAUCGUGGAGAAGCCAUUCGGGAGGGACCUGCAGAGCUCCAACCAGCUGUCCAACCACAUCGCCUCCCUGUUCCACGAGGACCAGAUCUACCGCAUUGACCACUACCUGGGCAAAGAGAUGGUCCAGAACCUCAUGGUGCUGAGGUUUGCCAACAGGAUCUUCGGGCCCAUUUGGAACCGGGACAACAUCGCCUGCGUCAUCCUCACCUUCAAAGAGCCCUUUGGCACUGAGGGUCGUGGGGGCUACUUUGAUGAAUUUGGGAUCAUCCGGGACGUGAUGCAGAACCACCUCCUGCAGAUGCUAUGUCUGGUGGCCAUGGAGAAGCCCGCCUCCACUGACUCAGAUGACGUGCGCGAUGAGAAGGUCAAGGUGCUGAAGUGUAUCUCAGAGGUGCAGGCGAGCAACGUGGUCCUGGGCCAGUAUGUGGGGAACCCCGACGGAGAGGGGGAGGCCACCAAAGGGUACCUGGAUGACCCCACGGUGCCCCGCGGGUCCACCACGGCCACCUUUGCGGCUGCUGUCCUGUAUGUGGAGAAUGAGCGCUGGGACGGGGUGCCCUUCAUCCUGCGCUGCGGCAAAGCCCUGAAUGAGCGCAAGGCCGAGGUGCGCCUGCAGUUCCGUGACGUGGCCGGGGACAUCUUCCGGCAGCAGUGCAAGCGCAACGAGCUGGUAAUCCGCGUGCAGCCCAACGAGGCCGUGUACACCAAGAUGAUGACCAAGAAGCCUGGCAUGUUCUUCAACCCUGAGGAGUCGGAGCUUGACCUGACCUAUGGCAACCGAUACAAGAACGUGAAGCUCCCUGACGCCUACGAGCGCCUCAUCCUGGACGUCUUUUGCGGGAGCCAGAUGCACUUCGUGCGCAGUGAUGAACUGCGGGAGGCCUGGCGGAUCUUCACUCCACUGCUCCACCACAUUGAACGCGAGAAGGCCCGGCCCAUCCCCUACGUGUACGGCAGCCGGGGCCCUGUGGAGGCAGACGAGCUGAUGAAGCGUGUGGGCUUCCAGUACGAGGGCACCUACAAGUGGGUGAACCCCCACAAGCUCUGAGCCGGCCCCCCUCCCGUGCGCCCUGGCCCUGCCCACCUCUCUCGCUCCACACCCCCUCCCACCAGACCCAGCUCCAGAGGACUCGGGACCACCGCCCCCAGCCCCACAUUCCUGCCCUGGGCUGGGGCCACCCCCCCACCCACUCCUCAGCCCAGUCGCAUUCCUCGGCCAGCCAGCACUGUGACCCCACCCGCACCCGACCCCAGCCAGCCUGUAUCCCCGGGACUGAGCCCCCCCCCCACCGCCCAGAGCAAGGAAGAGGAGGGCUAUAGUUGGGGAAGAUGGGGGCAAGGUCCUCAGAAGGCCGAGAAUGGGCCCCCCCCCACCCCCAGUCUCAGCGCCAUUCCACAUUCCUGGUCCCCCCACGGAAGGGACGUCCACGCCACCCAGUGCCCUCCCUGCACUGGGCCCUCCGAAUGUCCGUGUGCCCCCCAGGCCCCCCACCACCAUAACUCAGCACUCCACAACCACCCCGUCUCACUCCCUCAGCACCGGAAAAGCAAAAGCAGCAAAGUGCCAUUAAAUCAGCAAACUAA